AUGCAUUGUCCUUUAAAAACACCCAGAAGUAUUCUAUCUUUACCUUUAUCUAAUCCAUACACAGAUGAAAAUUUACAGAAAAAAUGGAAAAGACGGAAAGAAAUAAAGGGUAAUUAUUUACAACAUAUUAAUUUCACAUGUUCCUAUCAACAUGAAAAAUCUAGAUUGGCUGCAUGGGGAAAUUCGUCCAAUCUUCCCGCGAAUUUGAGAAAGAUUGCCGACGUAGAUAUCGCUAAAUACACGCAAGACAACUGGGAGGAAUUGAGACACGAAUGGGAACCUUACGCCAAGAGAGACACUCUCUGUUUGGGAGCUUGUUUGAUGAAAUAUAACCAAGUCAUGAAAGAAGUUGUAAACCAGAAUAUGUCCAAUAAUCUAACGGCUCCAUCUUUAUCUUUAAAUGGUUGGUAUUAUUUAUAUCAUUACGAUAAAUGGUUGAAGAAGAAUGGUAUGAAACUACUAGAAUGGUUGCGAAACAUACUGAAAAAAAAAUAUAGAAAAAGUUUAUUCGCACACUAA